UGCCCUCACAGCAGCUGAGAUGGAGAAAACUGGCUGUGCUUCCGUGCAGUAUUCUGAACAACAGAUGCACUGAUUGCAGCCUGAAUGCUUCUCUUCGAAAGCCACUUCAAUCGGGCUGACACCUGGGCUCCAUUUGGCCAUGUCCCAAGGUGGUCAUCGCGGCCAAGCCAGCUGAAAAUGCAUGCAUUGUUGCCCCGGCCUAGCCGUUGCUGGCUUAGACCACUGAUGGCUAUGAUACCGGCGAUGGGGUCGCGAUGGGGUCAAGCGUAAGUGGCCGUACCUUCCUUGAGAAGACACCAAGAGGCAGGAGCAAAAACAUAUAUGAGGGCCCAAACCGACAGCGACAGUAGCAGAUUUGUUUUCCCAUCACCAUCGCCUUGUUAGUCCUGGACUUGUUACUGCAGCAAACCCUUGAACUUGACCUUGGCUUGAUCAUUCCCCAUUCCAUCAUUCCUCACCCUCAAGUUUUAACUGAGCCCCCGGACCACCAAAAUGUCGUUCGAUAUCCUCGGGCCGGUGUCUGGUGUCGUCACCAUUGUCAGCUUCGUCUUGUCCUUCUUCCCACCGGCCCCCAAGACCCCGAAGAACUCGAGCAUGCGCCUGGGCGUCGGCAUGAACGCGGCUGCCGAGGGCAACGUUCCCCGCGUGCUUGUGUACAACUCGGAUCACGCAAACAUUGGCGGCUACAACCCCAAUAAGCGCUUUUGCUCGAGCAACGGCUGGGGCGGCACCACCUGCUACGACAGAUACGAAAAGGUUGGCAGGGGCCAGUUCGUCGACCUGGAAAUCUUCCAGACCAGCAACCAGCAGCCACAGUACAUCAUGCUCGAGCAGGUAGACAACGACGGCAUCUGCCUGGCCUACGCCACCCACACCUGGCCCGACGGCAACAAGUUCGCCUGGAUCGGCGACUGGGCCGAAACGUGCGGCCGCCACUGGUACCACUCGGAUGUCGUCAUCGACAACAAGUCCGGCAAGAAAACAAAGUGCGCCUGGCUCGACAAGGACAAGACCGACGGCCAAGGCGCCGUCGCCCUGCACCUGUACAUGCCGGCCUUUGCCCCCAACUUCGGUGCAGGCAAGGGCAAGCCGGCCAAUUGGUACUGCGGCCACAAGGGCCUCCUGCACUUCCUCGACAAGGCCGACGAGCAGCUUUACAUGUGGCGCACAAGCGCUCGCUCGCUGCCGGGCCGCCGCAGCGUCGACGAAGGCCCCGAGGCCAACCAGACCGCCGGCGGGUCCGUGCCCGUGCCCCCAGCCCGGGUCCGCUCCGAGGCCAUGGCCACGGAGCUGAUUGUGAGCCACGACCCGGCCCAGUCGGCCGCCGACCUGUGCAACUCGCCGUACAGCUUCGGCCCGGACUUCGUCUCGGUGCCCGAGCAGCUCGCCUGCGACAUGGACUCGCACACCCUCUGGCCGCUCUGCUCGGCCAACGUGACCGGGAGCUGCUUCGACCUCGACAAGAAGGCCCCGAGGAUCCCUUCCGAUUCCCCCCAGGAGCGCGAGCUGGUCAGCGUGUACCAAAAGGUGACCGAGUGGAAAUAGGGGCGGCUGGGGGCGUGUUGGACUGCGAGUAGUGGUGAACGGGAUAGGCCAGGCGGGAUGGAUAAACGCGGGAUGGAUAAAAACGGGAUAGACCAUAACGGAAUAGACUAGGUUACAGAAAACGUUAGUGUUGAUAGGAUUGGAAUGUAAUAGAGGUACCCCUUUCGG